UUUAGGCUGACCAGAGUUACCCGUAGCCUAAAGUUGAGAAUUGGUUGAGAACGGUGCUAAUCGUUUAACCCUAAUUAUGUAUGUUUCAUUAUUUACCUAAUAUAAUAUCUAUAAUAAGAGAACUGUACGCUCGCCUCGUCGUGGUAUUCGAUUAGAGUCAUUGCAGUUGUGAUGGACGUGACGCGCGCGUGUCGUUGCUGCCUGCGGCGUCCUCCGGACAAGGGCCUGACGACACCGUACGCACUUCUUGGGAAAACGGAGAUAUAUGCCGACAUGAUGAAGGAGUGCUUUGAUGUACAAUUGGCACUAGAUGGCUCGGGCUCGUGCGGCAUCUGCUCUGCGUGCGUGGGCCGCCUGCGAGACGCAAGCGACUUCAAACUGCAAGUGCAGCGCAGCCAGGCGGAGCUACUGGCACUGCUUGCCAAAGAGGCUGCGGUCAAAUUGGAGCAGGCUGAUGAGUGUGCGGAUGACAACGUUGAGUUUGAUGUGUUAUAUGAAGAGCCCAUACUGGUAGAGCAGGAGGAAAUUGGCAGAUGGAAAGCCGAGGAACUCACGGGGGCAGACCCGCUCGUCAAGUCGGAGUGGGACGCGGCGAGCGACUCGCCAGCGGCGGCGGCGGCAGUGUGUUCGGACGGCAGCUCCGCCCGCGCCCGGGAACAGCUCGCUAUGGCUUGUUCCGUGGUGCUCGAGCGCCUCCGCGGCGACGCAACUGCUUACAGUGGGGACAUACCAUACGCCUGCGAACACUGUGACGAACGUUUCAGCAACAAGUCUAGUUUAAGGAAACACAUACAAAACACACACUUGUUGACUGGAACUAAACUCAUUUCUUGUGAUUCUUGUAAUUCAACGGGACCAAAACCAUAUGCUUGUGAUUUUUGUAAGUCUACAAUUCAAACCAAAUUGCUUGUGGCAGAUUACAAGAAAAGUGAACAUGCUGGUGUUUCUAAUUUCAUGUGUGCUGAAUGCGAAUAUACAACAAGUUGCAAGAAAACAUUGGAGAUCCAUUUAAAGAGUCACUCGUUACAGGAUAACUUCAAUUGCAGUCACAGUAGUUACACAAAGUCGUGCAAAAGUGAUUUACUCGAACACCACACAAUACACAUUGCUGAAGAAUCGUAUAAUUGUAGUGACUGUGAUUUUAAAUGCAGUAUGGAAUCAAAUCUGCGACAUCACCAGAAGACGCACAAACAGAGGAAACAGCUUCACGGAUGUAGUUAUUGCGACUACAAGUGCACUACCAAAUCACACUUACGAACACACCUGAUGACACACACUGGAGCGAAGCCGUUUAAAUGUAGCGAUUGCGGGUACAGGUGCAGGGCGAUAUCAAACUUAAGAGCUCAUCAAAGGAUACACACUAAAGAGAAGCCAUACACAUGUAGUCAUUGCGACUACAAGAGCAGUUAUAGUUCAAAUUUACGAGAACACGAAAGGAUACAUACUGGCGAGAAGCCUUACAAAUGUAGCCACUGUGAUUAUAAUGCCACUAAAAAAGCACACUUAAAAAGACACCUGGGGAUACACACUGGAGACAAGCCUUUAAAAUGUAGCCACUGUGAUUACAAAAGCUACGAUGAAUCACACUUAAAGAGACACCUGAGGAUACACACCAGAGAAAAACCUUACAACUGUAGUCAUUGUGAUCUCAAGUUCAGUCAUAAAUUCAACCUGCGACGUCACCUGAUUACACAUACUAGGAGGAAGCCUUUUCGGUGUAGCCACUGUGAUUACAAAUGCAAUCAGAUUUCUAACCUAAAAACACACGAGAAAAUACACACUGGAGAGAAACCAUAUAGUUGUAGUCAUUGUGAUUACAAAUGUAGUCACAGCUCAAGCUUACGACGUCACCAGAAGAAGUAUAAACAUACUGAGACGAAUCCUAACUAGUUCGCGACAGCAAGUACAAGUGCGGCCUGGAGCGCCCGCGAGACGCCGGGGUUACGGCAGAGGGGUAGUCGCCUGUUGACCUGAAUCGGAAACUUACAGAUUAUUCUUGAUAUUCCACGUUACAUUAACAAACAGGGACUUCUGUGCUGCCCCGUACAGAUAACGCGCUGUGAUAAGCAAACCUUAGUAUCUACACGUAUAGCGAUAAUAAGAUGUUAGAUACUAAGAUAGCGAUAGAUCACCUCCACUCGUGAAGCAACUCACUCAACCGGCACGUACAUUAAUUAUAUAUAAUAAGAUGUAAACGAGUAUGGGGGAGAUCACUUGGAGAAGAGUACAAGAUUACACCUAAUCUGCAAACCACUAUCUACUGUGUUCAUCAAUCUCCUACCCGGAGCUACCCUACUUCUGGCUGGCUGGCUGUACUCCCUUGUACAGCCAGCGUAGGUAUUAUGCAUACAUUUUUAUCACAUACCCACGUGGAUAAGACAUCUGUCACUCUCACACUGACAUACUUACCAAAGCGUGACGGAUACUUUAUCCACAUAGAUAAGUGUUAAAUUUGAUAAGUGUGAAAUUUAAAUAUUUAAAAAUUAGAUGUUCAGGUGAUGUAUAUGACAAGUAGCCCAUUUCUCAAAGCUGAAAGUUACAAGCGGAAGUCUCUUUUCAAUUUGUCGUAUAAGACAGUGACUACCACUUGUAAAUUGUAACUUGUAGCUUCGAGAAAUGGGCCCUAGGUUAGACAAUUAAUGUAUAUCUUGAAAUAAAUAAUCAUUAUUUUA